UACAACUCGACCCUUUAUCCUCGUCCCUGCCUUCAGUCUCCAGGUUCCUGCAGUGUCUGUAAUGUAAGUGUUUGGAUCUCGACCCUGUUCAGUACCUGCAGUGUUUUUGUUACGUUUUGACUUUUUUUGAUUAAAGCUGAGAGACUGCUUUUUGAAAUGCUGCCUCCACGCUCUUGUCUGCGCUUCGGUCCACUCCAAAGCCCCACCGUGACAGAAGGAACCCACCACAAGGACCAAGCAGACAGAGCUACAGAGCUAAAGGAUGGAUUGAGCAGCAGGAUGAGACGCUGCGCACUUUGUAUGGGGAGAAGGUGGAGAUUUUACCUUCGCCUCUAUUGCUGGAAGAGAUGGAAGAGUGUUAUUGUGAGACCGACUGGGCUGCUAUGGCUUUUGAGCCGGGUCGGAACCGCUCCUCCCCAGCUCACCCCUCCUCCAAGCGACGGCGCUCUCGCCGCAAGCAUUCCUCCUCCUCCUCCUCCGCAGCGCCUGAGCUCGUCAUGCCCACAGCAGCAUCGCCUCAGCUCACGCUCGCUGAGCCUCCAGCAGAGCCAUCCUCACCUCCGCCAGCCGCAGCAAGGUUUCCGGCUGGGUUUCCCUCCUGCCCGGGACGACGUCAUCGCCGGAGGGCAGCCGCCACUGGGAAGUUUCGGGUGGACGCCUCCUUUGCUUCCACGGAGGGUCCACCUGCCACGGCUUCCUCGCAGCUGUUUUCUCUGGCGUGGGUCCAGUCCGGGCCGCCUCAGGGCCACAGCAGGCCGCCUCAGGGCCACAGCAGGCCGCCUCAGGGCCACAGCAGGCCGCCUCAGGGCCACAGCAGGCCGCCUCAGGGCCACAGCAGGCCGCCUCAGGGCCACAGCAGGCCGCUUCAGAGCCACAGCCGGCCGCCGCCGCCGGGUCUACAGAGCCUCAGCCGGCCGCCGCCGCCGGGUCUACAGAGACUCAGCCGGCCGCCGCCGCCGGAUCUUCAGAACCUCGCCUGAUCCGGGAGGAGCCCGUGAGUGGGCUGCCUCCACUUCCUCGCCUGAUCCGGGAGGAGCCCGUGAGUGGGCUGCCUCCACUUCCUCGCCUGAUCCGGGAGGAGCCCGUGAGUGGGCUGCCUCCACUUCCUCGCCUGAUCCCGGAGGAGCCCGUGGGCAGGCUGCCUCCACAACCAGGUCCUGAACACCUUAUGGUUUUUCUGCAAAGAUUCUUGGGUCGUUGUCCUGCUGGAAAGUGAACCUCCACCCCAGUGUCCAGUCUUCUGCGGCCUCUAACGGGUGUUCUUCCAGGAUUGUCCUGGAUUUUGCUCUGUCCAUCUUCCCAUCAACUCUGACCAACAUCCCUGUCCCUGCUGAAGAAAUGUAUCCCCACAGCAUGAUACUGCCACCACUAUGUCUCACAGUCAGGAUGGAUGGUGUGUUUAUCUGACCAGAUAGCCUUCUUCUACCUGUUUGUUCUGUCCCCUACAUGGCCUGCUGGAAACUGCAAAAGGGACAUCUUUUUUCAGUUUAGUUGUACGUCCAUGUCUUGUUAGGUCUGCAGUUGGUCCAUCCUCUUUGCAUGUUCAGAUGAUAGAUUUGAACAGAGCCCUUUCAGAUGUUCAAAGCUUGGCCUAUUGUUUUAAAACCUAACUCUGCU